CCCCCGUCUCCCCCCCCCCCUCCCCGGGCCCCGGUUCCGCCUCCGGGCAGCUCCGCCCCGGCCAUGACCCGCUGCUGACGGCCGCGCCCGGGCCUGCCCCGAGCCCCCGGUGGGCCCCGGGCCUGCCCCCCCACACACACACCGGGCCUGCCCCCCCCCCCCCCCCUCCCCGCCGGUCACGAUGUCUUCGCGCUCCGCGCUGGCGGCGGGGAACGAGCGGAACGCGGACACGCUCGCGGGCCUGGGGGGCAGUCGCUCGGAGAAGGGCUCGGCCUGGUCCAGCCGCUCGCUGGGCGCCCGCUGCCGGAAUUCCAUCGCGUCGUGCCCCGAGGAGCAGCCCCACAUCGGGAAUUACCGCCUGCUGCGCACCAUCGGCAAGGGCAACUUCGCCAAGGUCAAGCUGGCCCGGCACAUCCUCACCGGCCGUGAGGUGGCCAUAAAAAUCAUCGACAAGACGCAGCUGAACCCCACCAGCCUCCAGAAGCUCUUCAGGGAAGUUCGCAUCAUGAAGGGGCUGAACCACCCCAACAUUGUGAAACUGUUUGAGGUCAUCGAGACGGAGAAAACGCUUUACCUGGUGAUGGAGUACGCCAGCGCUGGCGAAGUGUUCGACUACCUCGUGUCCCACGGGAGGAUGAAGGAGAAGGAGGCACGGGCCAAGUUCAGACAGAUCGUCUCGGCCGUGCACUACUGCCACCAGAAAAACAUCGUCCACAGGGACCUCAAGGCCGAGAACCUGCUGCUGGACGCCGAGGCCAACAUCAAAAUCGCGGAUUUUGGGUUCAGCAACGAGUUCACGCUGGGCUCCAAGCUGGACACCUUCUGCGGGUCGCCCCCCUACGCCGCCCCCGAGCUCUUCCAGGGGAAGAAGUACGACGGCCCCGAGGUGGACAUCUGGAGCCUGGGCGUCAUCCUCUACACCCUGGUCAGCGGGUCGCUGCCCUUCGACGGCCACAACCUCAAGGAGCUGCGGGAGCGGGUGCUGCGCGGGAAAUACCGGGUGCCCUUCUACAUGUCCACCGACUGCGAGAACAUCCUGCGCCGCUUCCUGGUCCUGAACCCCGCCAAGCGCUGCACCCUCGAGCAAAUCAUGAAGGACAAGUGGAUCAACAUCGGCUACGAGGGCGACGAGCUGAAGCCCUACAAGGAACCUGAGGAGGAUUUUGGCGAUGCCAAGCGCAUCGAGGUGAUGGUGGGCAUGGGCUACACCCGGGAGGAGAUCAAGGAGUCCCUGAGCAACCAGAAAUACAACGAGGUGACGGCCACCUACCUCCUGCUGGGCAGGAAGAACGAGGUGGAGGCGGGGGAGUCGCGUACGGGCGGCAGCCUGGCCCUGGCCCGGGUGCGGGCACCCAGCGAGGCGGCCAACGGCACCGGCAAAGCGGCGGCGCACAGCAAGGGCCAGCGUGGUGCUACCACCUACCACCGGCAGCGGCGGCACAGCGACUUCUGCGGCCCCUCCCCGCUGCCCACGCACCCCAAGCGCAGCCCCACCAGCGCGGGGGACGCGGAGCUGAAGGAGGAGCGCCUGCCCCCCCGCAAGGCCAGCUGCAGCGUGGUGGGGGGCGGCCGGGGGAUCCCCCCCUCCAGCCCCAUGGUCAGCAGCGCCAACAACCCCAACAAGUCCGAGAUCCCCGACCGGCACAAGGACGGCGCCGGCAAUACGCCCAACCUGCCGUCGAGCGUGAUGGCGCGCAGGAACACCUACGUCUGCACCGAGCGCCCCGGCGCCGCUGACCGCCACUCGCUGCUGCCGAACGGCAAGGAGAACAGCUCCGUCUCCGGCCGGGUUCCCCCGGCGUCCCCCUCCAGCCACAGCAUCGCCGCCGCCGCCGCUUCCUCGGAGCGCGCCCGCCUGGCGCGGGGCACCACGGUGCGCAGCACCUUCCACGGCGGCCAGGUCCGGGAUCGGCGAAACGCCGGCGGUCCCAACGGGCCCCCCGCCUCCCCCACGCUGCCGCCCGAGGCGACGCCGCUGCCGCAGAGCCGCUCCCGCGCCACCUCCAACCUCUUCAGCAAGCUGACUUCCAAACUCACCCGCAGGGUCGCAGACGAACCUGAGGGAAUCGGGGGACCUGCGCUCACAAGUUGCCAUCUACCUUGGGAUCAAGCGGAAGCCGAACCCCGGCUGCUCCGAUGCCCCUGGCAUGUGAAGGUGACGAGUGCCCGGCCGGCCGAGGCGGUGAUGGCGGCGCUGCGGCAAGCCACCCUCUCUGCCGGUUGCCGUUCACGCCAGCCCCGGCCCUUCCUCCUCUCCUGCACCCACGACCGGGGGCCCACCGAACAUUUCUGCCAUUUCGAGGCCGAAGUUUGCCGCCUCCAACGCCUCGGCGUCCAUGGCGUGCUUUUCCGGCGCUUGGCCGGCACCGCUGGUGCUUUCCGCGCCACUUUGGCACGAGUGGCCGGGCAGCUGCAGCUCUAGGGACCCCACGAAGCUGGGACCCCCCCUGCCAAAACACCGUGGGGGGGCUGCAGGGUGUGUGUGCCCCCCCAUGCCUCUGGGAUUGCCGGCGGGACCCCCUCAGGGUGGGUCGGAUCCGGCACCCAGGGCUGCAGUGGAGCUGGGACCCCCCCCACCCCGAGGAUGCGCUGGAUCUGGCACCGGCAACCCCCCCACCCCGUGUGCAAGGGAGGGGGCAGCUCUGGGACCCCCCCCCCCCCCACUCCAGGGGGGGCUGCCUUGGCUCCGGGACCUCCCCCCCCCGCCCCGGGGACAUCAGCACCAGCACCUGGGGGCUGGUGGCAGCUUGGGGACCUGGGGUGCCCCUGAUGUGUGUGUGUGUCCCCCAGACCCAGGGGUGCUCUGGGACCUUGGGGACCCCCACCCACUUCCACACCUCCAGGGCCUUGGGGGGUCCCCCAACUCCAGGACCUUGGGGACACCCACCCCCCCCCCCCAGAACCUCGAGGGUCCCCCAAUUCCAGGACCAUGGAGACCCCCAGGACCUUGGGGACCCCCCCCAGGACCUCGGGGUCCCUCAGCUCCAGCCCCCCCCCCCAAACUCCCCCCCUGGUCCCCAGAGCUGCGGCUGCAUCCCAGGGUCCCCCCGGAGCCCCCCCCGGGGACCAUCCCCCUGUCCCCCAGCCUUGUACAGCCUGUAAAUACGGCCCGGGGCUCCGGUGUCCCCCCCCCCCCCCGUGUCCCCACAUCGUCACCCCCCCCGGCACAUUUUUAAGUUAUUCCUGCCCUGGUCUGUACCCCGACCCCCC